AUGAAUUAUUUAUUAAAUUUUGUACAUGACUUUAGUUUAAAAUGUCCAUUCUUUCCCGAGAAAUCACUUGAAACAUUAAAGGAUUAUAAAUAUCAAGCUAUUGAUAAUUCUAUUGUAGGGAAAUACUUUUAUCAAGAUUUUAUUAUUAGUCCAGUUAUGAAUCAUUUAGUACCAAAAUGGAUUGCACCAAAUGUAAUUACAACAAGUGGUGGAAUAUUUAUUGUAUUAGCAUUAUUUACUGUUUAUUUAAGUAAUGUAUUUGGAUCAUUUACACAUCUUAUUAAUGGUCUUUUGUUUUACAUGUAUGUAUUAUUUGAUACUCUUGAUGGUAAACAAGCACGAAAAACUGGAAGUGGUUCUCCACUUGGAGAAUUAAUGGAUCAUGGAGUAGAUGUUCUUGUAAUGGGA